GUUGAUAUUGGAUUUCGUUUCAUUUACUAUUUGGGGGACACAUUUCCUUCAUGUUCAUGUUCCCAAUUCUAUUAAAAAUUCUGGGCCACGUGAGUUUGAUUUUAUUUUACUGUGUUGUAAGUGACUCUGGUUCAAUUCCCAAUUUCUGUGAAGCAUUGGAGCAUGAAGAAGAUAUAAUAUUUGUUUGUUAUCACAAUCUUUGACCCAAUACGAAUUUCCAUUUGUUGCGCAGCUAGCCUGACGGAAAUAAUAAGCUUAUAAAAGUACUAUGUAUGUCUUUUUAUCUUCCCCCAACAAUCAGCAGCAGCUAUACCACCACAUCCAAUUCCCUUUCAGUGUUUGUUUCUUCUUCCCUCUCCAGUCCUUCGAAAACCAAGUUCCUUCCCUCACUUUCUAGGUUUUCUGUCAAGCGUUCUGGCUUAUUUUCCCAAACUCGUCCUAGCAUUGCUGUGAACAAGCCCUCCAUGAACCUAUUGAACAAACUUGGAUUUGGCAGCGCAAGGGCACCAGAGAACUUGGAUUCAUCCAUUCCUCAGGGUCCAGAUGAUGACAUACCAGCAGCAGGCCAGCAGUUUGCCCAGUUUGGUGCUGGCUGUUUUUGGGGUGUUGAGUUGGCCUUCCAAAGAGUGCCUGGGGUGACCAAGACAGAGGUUGGUUACACUCAGGGGCUUGUGCACAAUCCAACCUAUGAAGAUGUCUGUACGGGGACCACAAAUCACUCAGAGGUUGUAAGGGUUCAAUACGAUCCCAAAAAUUGUAGCUAUGAGUCUCUGCUUGAUUUGUUCUGGGCUAGGCAUGAUCCUACUACUCUGAAUAGACAGGGGAAUGAUGUGGGAACUCAGUACAGAUCUGGAAUAUACUACUACACGGAGGAGCAAGAGAAGGCUGCCAGGGAGUCCGUGGAACAACAGCAGAAGCAGCUGAACAGGAAGAUUGUUACCGAGAUUCUUCCUGCCAAGAAGUUCUACAGAGCAGAGGAGUACCACCAACAGUACCUUGAGAAAGGGGGUCGGUUUGGUUUUGGGCAAUCUGCUGCUAAAGGUUGCAAUGAUCCAAUUCGGUGCUAUGGUUAAUUGUAAAAGAGGGAAUCGCCACCAAAGAUCAACGACAACGGUUCUUCAGAUGCUGAAAUUCCAUAGUUUUUGUAACUUCUUUUAGCAAGUAACACAUAUUGUGCAUAUUGAAGGUUGAAGAUGGACAUGGCCAUAAAUUCUGUUGUAGAGCUGUAUAUGUCUAUUAUAUAUGAAAUAAUUUUGCUUUUGAAGUAUUGCA